CAGCGCUUGCGCUCGCUUCAUGUGCUUGAAAGGCAUGGCGGUGUCCUGCGCGUCGUGAAGUCUAUUUUUGUGCAUUCUGAGCGCCUUUAGUUUUUCGAGCUCAAUUAAGCAUUGAAAUAGCGAGGCUGUAAACAUAGCUGCGCGUCUUGCUCGUACGCUUGCGGUUGUGCCUUCGCGUUGCGUUUUUCCCGGUUGUCUGUGCGUGCGCUACUCUCCGGUCUCCCUUCGGGUGCAGCUAGUCAACUGAGCCUCGACGACUGGUCAGCUGAGCGAUUUGCGUUUACAAACCCCGUCCCGACAGACGUCUCUGGAGGACAGCGCUUGCUCGCCACAAAGCCUCAUCGUGCACUGUUGUAUCCUGUCCGAGUUGUGAUGGAAACCGAAGUACAAAAAGCCGACGAACUCUUCGGCACCGAAGACCCGCGAGAUGCGAAAGCGGUCGUUCCUAAUUUGGACGCAAGCCCAGAGGAUUUGCCAAAGCAGCAGGAAGACCCUGCCGCUGAUGACAGCUGCCCAGCUGGGUGCAUUGCAGUGCCUUCAGAAGCUGAAGUCGUAGCCAAUGGAGAGCUUGACCCCUCUCGCCCCGACUCUCCUACCGUCGAGAUUUCGGAACCCACAGAGACCAUUGCCGCUGAAGAGAGGCCCGAGUCCCCUGCUUCUGAAGACGAACCAGUACCUCCUAUUGUCUUCGAGAGGGACCCCGAUGUCAUAAAGCUCAUGGACUCGUUCGGCGGCAAGGCGAAGGAGAUGAAGGCAGCCAUAAUGGAGACGCUGAACAGCAGGCUAGCGUGUGGAGACAGCUCGAAUGGGACCACUGCAUCGUCGUUCGAGGAAGAGGCAGCCAAUAAACUAAGUUUGCUCAAACAGGUUAUUCAGAAGAAUGCAGUGGAAGCCGCGCAGACGUCUAAGUCCACUGAACAGACAAGCACUCCUCCGUCCUCGUCAUCCCCCGUUCCACGAAAAGAGUCCUGUGUUGCAGCAGCACGCAAAAGUCCGUCCCCUAUGCCAGAGACUGUUCGGUCUGAGAAGUCACCGUCCCCUGCCACUGUGUCGCCCAAGUGCUGCACACCGCCCGAUACCACUGCGCAUUGCGACAAAAAGGUGGCGCAGUCGACUGCAACCACGGAGAACGCUACCCAGCCAAGGAGCCCGUGCUGUGGUGGCAUGAGACGAUCGCCACUCCGCAAACUCGGUGCUCAAGAGGCCAACAGCACCGCUGCUGCAAAACGGAAAGGCGAGCGUGCCGUUGCAACCACACAAGCAACAUGCCAGUCAUCCAGUACUGCUCCACUGUUCAUAAAAGAAAAUGUGCUGAAAAUCCUGGAGCCCCAUGAAACAGCUGAGGAGAAGCUCGGCGCCCUGUUCCAGCACUACCUGGGCUUCCAGGAAGGCACCUGGCAGCUGCAGGCAGCUGUGCAGAAGGCCGAGCGGCAGGUGCGGCAGCUGUCGAGAGAGAAGGAGCAGCUGCAGUCUGACUGCAACCGGGCCCUGCUGGCCAAGAGCAAGCUUGAGAGCCUUUGCCGUGAACUCCAGAAGCAGGCCCGGGCAGUCAAGGACGAAUGCAUGAUGCGCAUCCGGGACGAGGAGGAGAAGCGUCGGGAAGUGGCCUCCAAGUUCCAGACAACCCUGAUGGACAUCACGGCUGUGCUGGAGGAGAACCAGGCACGCAGUGUGCAGCUGCGUGAGGAGAACUUCCAGCUGGCGCAGAGGCUGAAGGGCGUCAUUGACCACUACGACCUCUGGGAGAAGAACAUAGAUGCCGUUCUUCAGCAGAAGGAGCUGCAGGCGCAGGUGGCCACGACACACCUGGCCAAGGCCCAAGCGCAGUUGCAGGCAGAGAGGCAGGCAUUCAUUUCCGAGAAGCAACUGGUGCUGAAGCAGGUGUGCGACUCGCAGCGGCAGCAGGAGGAACUGGCAGCGCGAGAAUGUCACCUACGGGAGGAGCUGUCGUCUCACGCCAGCAAGUACGAGGAGUUUCAGGGGGCCCUGGUGCAGAGCAACCAGCUGUUCCGCACUUUCAAACAGGACAUGGAAAAGAUGUCGAAAAAGAUCAAGAAGCUGGAGAAGGAAACAGUGCAGUGGAAGUCUCGCUGGGAAGCCAGCAAUAAAGCCCUUGCAGACAUCACAGCAGAAAAGCACGGCAGAGACAAGGAACUGGUGGCUGCUCAACAGCGGGUCAUCACAUUGGAGAAACUCUGCCGUGCACUUCAGCUAGAAAGGAACGAGCUCAGCCUGAAGGUCAAGGGACUUGGGGGACCUUGCAUCGACGGUACCACAGAAAACUCUGGUUCUACAACGGCUGUGAAUGAGUCGACAGAAGGAUAACUCGUUUAGUUGGGAAUCGUAGAAGUACAAAGCUCACACAGGCCUUACUUCCAGUUUUUUUUUUUUCUAUUCGUUUUAGCUAUCAGAUAAGACAUGGACACAAAGCGCUGCAGUCAGGGAUUGAGUAUAAAAAAUGUGGCAGCACACCUUCAGCCACUUACAUUAUUUAAGUAUCGCGCACUGAACGGUUAGUAAAGAACAGCGCACAAGGAUUUCUGGAAAAGAAAUUAAACGUGUGCCUGUGAUACAGGCGUUCAGAAGAAA